CGGCGCAAUUGCUCUCUCGCGCCGGCGCGCAAAACGCAGGGCAUACAGAUCGAGCAAACCUCUGCGCGCGUCGCGAGACUCCCACGGUCCGGCUGCCCGAAGCCGUGAGAGCCAGCAGCAACAUAAGAGGCUGCCCAGCACCAAUACCAUGCGCGACGACCCCCACCUCCUCGCGCUGCGGGAGACGAUCCGCGGCCCGCCCGUACAGCCGUCGAAGCAGUCCAUCGAGGAUGACAAAAGACCAAACGGCAGGUCGAACCACCGCUACGGCGCGACCUUCGACGAGAUGUGCCGGACCUUUGGUGAAGAUGGAGUGGCCGCUAGAAACGCGCGCCACAACAAAGCAAGGGGACGGUGGAUCGGCGCCGGGUUGGCGGCGAGACUGAACCAUAGUUCGGGCAUCGAGGCGAGCGGUUUAGUGAGACAGGGCGCCCUGUCGAUCUUUGGGCGAGGCGCUGUACAGCAACCACUCAAACUACCAGAAAUCCCGGUGCCCGACUUGAUCUCGCCGCGGCUGGGCAAGAAGACGAACCAGUUCUGCGAAAUUUGCGUCAUGGCUGCCGUAGAUGAGCACGGGCGACCGACGGAGCGGAUCCGAAAAUGCUACUACUGCCCCGUCGUCUGCCACGACCGAUGCUGUCAGGCAAAGGGCUACGACUGGGUCGACCCGAAGGGCGGCGCGCGACUCUGUUGCCACGUCUGUAGUGGGCAUCUGGAAGAGAUGAUGCGACAGCGGGAACGGCUCUUGAUCAAGGCCCAGGAGGACUACCGGUGCGCUCUGGCGAAUGACAUCUUGGCGCGAUGUGCUAGAAGUUGGUUGUCGCAUAGACAGUUCCGAGCGUACAAAAGAGGCGUCAUCAAGGUCCAGGCUUUGUGUCGGAUGGCCUUAUGCCGGUGCCGCUUCUGGCACGAGCGCGUCGCUACUCUUAGGAAUAUCCAGUUGAUACUUUAUGAUGUCACCGUAAAAGGUCCUCCGUUACCGCAAAACACGGGCCUGUUUGCGGUCUGCUCCGUGCUGGAUGAUCAGCGCAACGUUUUAUUUGCCUACGACAUUCCCGAAUCGCAAUUGAGACUGAGAGAUGAUGACAGACAUAAAAAACCGGCCAAGAAAGGACACCAGUUCGGCGUCCAGUCGGAGAAGGAGAUCCGCGCCGAGAUCGCCGAAGCGAGGUUGGAGUUAGCGCGGGCGCACGCGCGUCUCAAGGAUCCCCAUCAUAGAAGUGUGGCUCAUUUUGACAAACUCGAGAACACUGUACCAGGCUGCUCGUUCGAUUUCACGCUAGUGUAUACGCUGUAUCUCAAAGUACGGAAAGGGAGUCACCAGAUGGAGGUUUCCCAGCUGCUUGGACAAGGUAGCUACAAAUUGACACCGGCUGACCUAGCGCGGUGCUGCGACCGAUCUUCCAGAGAUGCUAUCACUGUUAUCCCCUUCAACCACCGGCUCCAUUUCCCGCUGAAGAACCAGUCCGUGCAAGAAAUGAAACUCACGGCCAGAGAGUGCUAUAGGAACUACGUCGGCGGCGAGGUCCGAGUGGCGAUCCGAGGCCUGAACCAGUUCGCGAAUUUUUGUGGGUUCCUCGAGGGGCCCCACAUCGACAUCCUGAGCGCUCCGUGUGGCGGGAAAGAAACAGGUGGCAGGACGCAAGUCUACUGGUGCACGUUGGCGCACGGCAUCCUUGGUUUUUAUUAUCAUAAAGGAGACGCUCAUGCUCGAGUCAGCUUGAACGCUACCAAAUGCCGCGUCGCGCACCGCCUACAUAAGGGCUACCACGCCUUGUCUGUCGAGUUGCCCGACGGGCGGUUGUGGUUUUUGAACCCCUCGAAUCCCAACGACGCGGAGCGCUGGCUCUGGGCGCUCGAGUACUGGCGGCUCCGUUCGGUGCACGGGCGGGCGACGGCUCUAUCUAAAGUCGUGGCGCCGCGGCGGCGACGUCGUAGAAGGUUGGCGUCGGACAACUCGUCGGUGGCUUCCUCCGAAUCGUGCUCGACGAUGAGCACUGUUGUUCGAGCGGUGGCGACGGUGUCUGCUUUAUCGUCGACGCGGACGGGUAAGUAGGAGUUCUCGC